AUGGCUCCUCUGGCGGCCGCCGCGGCCGCCGCGGUGAAGAUGGAGGCGGAGCAGGCGGCGAUGGCGGCGGCGGGCGCGUCGGCGCCGCAGCUGGGACCGGCGCACCAGCAUCAGAUGCAGCCGCGGCGGCAGUACCGCGGCGUGCGCAUGCGCAAGUGGGGCAAGUGGGUGGCGGAGAUCCGGGAGCCGCACAAGCGCACGCGCAUCUGGCUGGGGUCCUACGCCACGGCCGUGGCGGCGGCGCGCGCCUACGACACGGCCGUGUUCUACCUGCGCGGCCGGUCCGCGCGGCUCAACUUCCCCGACGAGAUCCCAUCGCUGGCGCUGUCGGAGGGCGGCGGGGGCGGGGACGGGGAGCCCGACACCGCCGACGGCAGCGGCGGCCCAGGCACGCUGUCCGCGGCGUCCAUCCGGAAGAAGGCCAUCGAGGUGGGGUCUCGCGUGGACGCGCUGCAGACCGGCAUGAUGGUCCCGCCGCCGCACCACCGCGAGCGCCAGAGGCACCACCACCACCACCACCUGCCGCAGCUGCGUGUCCACGCGCACGCGGAGGAAGAGCAGGAGCAGAAGCCGCAGCCGCCGCAGCGGCCGGCGUGGAGCGGGCGCGUGAAGAACCCGGAUCUAAACCGGGCGCCGAGCCCCGAGAGCUCCGACGCCGAGUGA